AUGCCGCUGGAUAAGUGGGGCGAUGGAGAUUUAUGCAUCAGUAACGGCUGGGAAUCACGCCAGUCUUUGAACAGUGAACACACAGAUUCACUGCUGGCCGCUAAACGACAGGCUGAGAAGCAGAAGCCCGCGAAAUCGCCGCUUUCGACUUCGCUGAACGGCCAGUCGCAGUCGCAGCAGCAGCUGCAGCUUACCUCCGUCGCGACGACGAAUGCUCAACUGUUGAAUUCUCAAGCAGCCAUCGGCGGAGAGGUCCGCGUGACGCAGGCGCACCGCAAGCACCGCUACUCGACAUCGACAGAUGGCGCCGCGAGCGCGGCGGCGACGACGACGACGCAUCAGAGCGCCGCCGACGGCUCGAUAUUGCAGACGACGAGCGUCGUGUGGACGACGCUGACGCACAACCACGCGACGACGCCGUUCACGCCGGCGCAGACACUGAAGCAGCAGCAGCAGCAGACGGCUGACGUGCUGUCGCAGCAGCAGACGCGCAUGUUGACGGGAACGACCGCCGGCGGCGCGGCGGCGAUCCAGGUGACGGCGUCGCAUCAGAACCACGCAUCGGCGUCGCCGCUGCGCGACGCCUCGUCGGCCGGCGCGGCGACGACGGCCCAGCGAAACUCAGGACAUACUGUGGUGCAACCUCAGCCAACUAUGCAACGGAGCGGCCGACCAGACACGCAGGAUCGCGUGCAGUUGUCGCCAGGGGGCACCAUCGUGCUUCCGUUCGGUACUCCCGUCGUGCGCCCGAAGGUGCCAGCAAAUAAAUCGGCAUCGGCAUCAGCGUCGGCGAGGGACACGCCGCCGUGGUAUGUCGACAGCAAACUUCAGUGGCACAGUGGCGCCAAUGUGCACCUGUACGGCGGCAGAGAGACGACGACGGCAGCACAGGUGGAGCCACUGCUGCUGCGACGCGGUUACUCCGAGCGUCGGCCAAAGAUGGGCUUCGCAGAUCUGAGUUCCUUUCACGAUCUAUAUCGGACGACCAGCGGCCGACGGCCGAGAAGCAGCAGUGACUCCAUGGCUCUGCGAGACGCCAUAUUGCAGAUUGAUACGAGCACGCGACCGAGCCUGACUGACUACUUGCAGGACUGCGACAUGACGACGAGUCUACAUCGCAUGCAGAGCCAGCCGAGCGGACCACCGCUGCCGCUGCAGCAGCACAGCCUGCCGCACGCCGCCAACCUACGCAGCUACGGUGAUGACUCGUCCUCUCUCGAUGCGAUCAUGUACGACCCGCUCGUUCACAGGCACUACGGUAGCGCCAGCUACCUUCCGCACAGUGGCGUCUCGCAGCGGCAGAGAUACGUGCAUCGGACGAGCAGCCUGGGGCGCAACCAGAGCCGGCCCGACCCGGCGGUCUUACACUACGAGCAGGGGGCGCUGCAUCCGACCAUCCUGCUGCCGACGUCGCCCGCCAUCUACAAGCACUCGCUGUCGAAUGGCUCGCUACGGAAAGAACCGAUCAACGUCGACAGCUACCGCCGACCGUCGCGCCGCACCGACCGCGCCGUGCCACGCCCGUCCUCUGUGCCCGUGCCUGAGAGGGGCUUCGACUACAUGGCAGUUGGUCACACGCAAUCGUUGCCACGGAAACGACACUCUAGCAGCGGUGCGACGAGCACCCGACGAAAACCGACAAAUAUUCCAGGAUUGGAUGCUAACCUCAAGUUCGAGUGCAUUGUUGUGCCAAAAGUGCGACCAACACUGGGCAUUGCCAUAGAGGGAGGUGCAAACACCAGACAAACACUGCCUCGCAUAAUAAACAUACAGAAGGACGGCAGUGCCUACGAAAGCGGAAGGUUGAAAGUAGGGCACGUGAUCCUGGCCGUGGACGGGCGCCCCCUAGAGGGAUUGCCGCACAUCGAGGCGGCGCAGACGAUUGCCGACUCGUUCCACCGUAUCGAGCAAGACUACCUCGAGUUGUUUGUCACCGACACGCCGCCGAAAAAGACCUACUAACUGCCUCCACAUCAGCAUCGUCAUCAUCAUCGUCGUCGUCGUCGUCGUCGUCAACAUCAAUCUCCCUUCCAUUAUGACGUCGCUUCUCCGCCUUUUCGCGACCAUGAUAAAAGACCAUGUUGGCGUCUUACUGGAAAACCAGCAUCAGCGCGUCCGCCAUAGAAUUGCACAGCAUAGCAUUGGUUAAAUAGGUUGGUGUCGCC